UCGAGCAUGGUCACUGGGCAUUCGACAAUAUUGUGUCUUAGCGUACCACAUGUGUUCACUGUGUUAGUGUAAUAAUUGUGCGUUAAAUAAUGACAGUGGCAUUAGUGAAACAAAACAGCGGUGUUCUUUUUACUUGUGACAUGUACUGUAUAAGUAAACUCCAAUGAAAAGAUUUAUGUGCGUGAUAUGUGCGUGAUAUUCCCUAUUUGUAUAUACCAAAAGCUUUAUCAAAAUUGCAAAGAUAUUAGAUUUUUAAUGUGAAUCCAAGACAUAGCAACCGCCAGUAUCUGUGAUAACCACUACUAAAAAAUUGUCAACUUUGUUGUUCCGCACUGGCGACGUAAAAGGAAUGUUUUUGCGGAUUAUACCAGUAUUCGUUCUGAUACAGGUGGCAUCUUGUAUCACGUGGUUUGAGCUACGUCUACUCAAGUUUGACAACCCUUCCGGUCGGGAGGAAGACGGCGACUGCUGCGACUUCCCGUGCAGCGACCCCUGUGACCCGGAUUUUCUCGUCUGCUUCGAUAAACCGGACGAGGGCGAGUGUACUCUAGCCAAGCGGUACACGGGCCAUUACCACGCCAACACGUUCAGCUUCCAGCCUCGCUUUGAGAAUGGUGAGGACAACCCCAUGAAGGUGAAAAUGGACGAGCCGUGGCCAAGGGCGUUGUACGUGACCAUCCGGGUGGAGGACCGGGACAGCACGAACGCUAACGAUCCUAUGGGCACGCUCCGGAAGUUGUUAACGCGCGUGCCCGCACCAGACGAGCGCACCGCCACGUGGAACAACAUCGACUUCAUCUUCAAGUACCAAACCAUCACCGCCCAGGCGCGUGUCUACUGCGAUAAGAACUACCAUGGCGACGACUGCUCGAGGUUCUGUGAGCCCAAGAACAGCGAGACGGAAGGGCACUUCUCGUGCACCGAGGCCGGCGAGAAGAAGUGCAUGGAGCAUUGGCACGGGGCCGACUGCAAGACCUUCUGUCGGCCUUCCGACAACGAAUUGUCGGGGCACUACGUCUGCGGACCGCACGGGGAGGUCAUCUGUCUCAAUGGUUGGCAAGGCGCCACGUGCACGGAAGACAUCGACGAGUGCGCGAAUGUCACGAGCAACCCUUGUUACCCCAACGGCAUUUGCAACAACACGCGCGGCGGCCACACUUGUACCUGCAACGACUUCUUUGUGGGACGCAAUUGUAAGGAAAUCCGUCUGUACUGCGACGACCUACCGUGCAGCAACAAUAGCGUCUGUAACGACACUGCUGUUGGCUUUCAGUGCAUCUGCAACCCGAAAUGGACGGGGUCAUUCUGCGAUGAGCGAGUGACACCUUGCACAUUAUUUCCGUGUAAAAAUGGCGGCAAGUGCAACGUCAUUUCCGGUGACAUGUACGAAUGCGCAUGCAUUGGGAAGUGGGAAGGCAGAGACUGUGAUCAAGAAGCGGUCAUUCUGUACAAUGACACGAAGACGCUGUUCCUUAAGGGGCAGCUACCAACGGACCAGUGGGACGACUUCACGUUUGGCAUCGGACACCUGCUCAAAGACCUCCUAAAAAUAGAAGACGCAACCAUAGAAACAACUUUUUCCUACCCAGACGAAGAGCAGACAAAAUGCGAGAUCUUCGUGCAGUCGUCGGACCCAGCAGUUAUGCACUCCCUCGACAAGAUUUUCAUGCUACCGGAAGACGAGCUGAAAACCAGUCUCAUACUACCGGUGUUGGAAAAGCAAAUUUCAGUUGUGGACAAACAAUCACCCAAACCAGACUCGUGGGUGAAGAAGCACUGGUACGUGGUGUUGAUAGUGGUGGCCGUCCUUAUUGCAGUGAUGACUGCCGUUGUCGCCAUCAUGUACAACCUGAAGAGAAGAAGACAAAAGUUGCUCGGCAAAGGUGAAGGCUUCGACAGCACGCGGAAUCAUUCGGGCCGCGAUUCGAUAAUAUCGCUAUCAGACUCCGCAGUCGGCUUUGACAACUCGCUCUACUUCCAGUCGAAAGAUCCCGAAAAGCUCCGAGGACUUCCGGAAAUACCCAAUGGCCACAAGCACGAAAAUGGGCGGAAAUAGUCGAAACUUUCGGACAAAUGACUGAAACUAAAACUAAGCAAUACUCAUAACUGUGCUUGGAUUGUGGAUUGCAUAUUCAUCUUUAAACCGGUAAAUUCAAUUGUCAAGAGUGUAUGGAUUUGCCACAGAGAAAAUGGCUGUUAUGUCUUUUUAUUUUAGCCUUAAGUGUACGGAGACUAGCUAGCAUUAUUCAGGUGCCACGCGGUUCAGGUUGUGAGCAUGAUAAUUAUUGAAAAUUUAAUAUUCUUUCAAAACUGUUGCAUUUUGACGGAAGUAAUGGAUUAGGUCCUACAGUCAGGUAUGUAAAUUUCAAUUGUUCUUACGGUAUAAAUACAUUUAACAGUUCCCGCAACGGACUCCGUGGCAUUACAAGACGCGCAAAGACAGAAUGGUUUUGUCUCUAAAAUGGAUGCCCUGUUCUCGGAGAGCAAUGAUCAUCGGCUUUUUACGUUUGUAUAUUUCGCUAUACGUUUUUUUGUUGAGUGAAUGAGAAGCAUUGAUGUUAUUUCGUUGUUGUCGUCAAAUAAAAAUUGCUUUAAAUUGUAA